UCCAGCAGUCUUGCUCUCUAUUCUCCUCUGCCAAAAUAAGAUUUAUCAUUUACUAUUUAUUACUCAACUGCACGAAAUCUAUCUACUAUUUUGCUCUAAAGGUUGAACUAACUUUUUAAAAAUGGAUAAGUUUCGAAUUAUGGUCCAGUUUUUGCAAGCCAACCAAGAGUCGUUCAUGAAUGGCAUCUGUGGGAUCAUGGCUCUGGCAAGUGCUCAGAUGUAUUCCUCCUUUGAGUUCACUUGUCCUUGUCUUCCAGACUACAAUUAUGCAUAUGGGAUCGGCAUUCUAAUCGUUCCGCCAAUAUGGUUCUUUUUACUUGGAUAUGUACUUAACAACAACAUAUCAGUGUUAACCGAGGAAUGGAAGAGACCGGUUGGAAAGCGCAGGAAGGAUCCGGCGGUUUUACGCUACAUGUUCAGCUCCAUGACGCAGCGCGCUCUCAUCGCUCCGGCUGUAUGGGUAGCCGUGACUUUAAUGGAUGGCAAGAGCUUUUUGUGUGCUUUCAGCGCCACUACGGAUUUAUCUCAGUUCAUCAACGAGACCUAUCAAAGCUUAUCCAAAAAGGAGCUUCUGAAAUUACAAGCAAGGAUUCCAUGCCAAGACGUAUUUGAUGGGCAUGAGGUUAUUUCCAUGGAAGCAUCAACUAGGUACAUUCGCUGUUUAUCACAGGCCUGUGGAUGGACCUUUUUAAUGGUAAUAACUAUAGCAGCCUUCUUGAUAAGGGCGAUAAGACCUUGUUUUACACAAGCCGCAUUUCUUAAAACCAAAUAUUGGUCGCACUACAUUGAUACAGAGCGCAAACUGUUCGACGAAACAUGCAAAGAGCACGCUAAGAGCUUUGCUAAGGUCUGCAUACAGCAAUACUUCGAGAGUAUCAGCGGUGAAAUUGUUCCACAGUUCCAGCUACCUACAAAGAAAAAGAAAGGCGGCAAAGAUGAUGACAGGGAAAAAGAGAAGAGUGACGAGGAGAAGCUUCUUGGGGUCCGUAAAGAAGAAGACAUGAAUAAAGUCCUAUGGAACUGGCAUACAUGUAAACCCGCACUAUUUCUGAACAAACACGCUGAAGAUAUGAAUAUGAAUGGACAUGCACACUUGGAUACACUCAGCUUCUCAGAUGAGCGCUACACUCACACACCUGUGAAAAACACAGCUGUAGCAUACUACUCCAAAGUCUGACUUCAUGGUUUAAUCUUAAUCUCUGGUAUAGCAGCUGUCAAGAUCUAAUUUCUAUUCAUUGCAUGCCAUUUCUUAUUUGAUAUCCUCCAGAGACUCAGUAGUCAUUCAGUCGAGUCACUGUUGUUUGUUGUUUGUUACUAUAAAUAAAUGAGAACAUAAAUAAUAGGAUAAAAUGGGCUUUUCUGUGAUAACACAAUGCAACACGCAGGCAUGACCUAUAUGACAGUAAUAAUAUAAUGAUGAUGAUGAUGAUGUUAAUAAGUAAUGUCACUCUUUUUGAGGAGGAGUUUGUUAAUGUAAUUGGUCAUAGGAUAUCAAAGACAUAUCAGCUGCUAAUGUCGCUCCGGAGGUUAUUUUUACAGUAUUUAGCCUUGGCUACUAAUAGCUAGUUGCUAUGGCUGCUAAAGUGAUCAAAGUAGUUCACCAUAUCAUAAAUUAUGUUUCCCACAGUCACAGACAAUGUUAUUGUCCAACAGAUGCUGCUGCAGCUGUUUGCAACUGUAUAGCUUGCUUAGUAGGCCAGACUUUUGUGUCCACCUGGCGGUCUUAUACUCUUCAGUUUAAAGCAGCAGUAUUUAUUACUAACUCAUAAUUGAUCAUGUCUAUGAUUUUCGGAUAUCUUAAAGCAGUGGACUUCAGGUUCCAGGGCCCUACAGGAAGCUUCAGCAAACUUACAAGAGGGCCUCAAGAUGAAAUAAAAUAUUUAAAAUAAAACAAAAAGAAUGUUAAUAAGGUAAAAGAAACAAAAAUCAAUACAUUUGUUUUUUAUUUCACCCCUAAAUUUGGGAAAUUCUAAAUGUAAUUAUUCAAAUUUGUAACUAAGCCUAGUAACUUAUUUUAUAUAUGGACACUAUCCCAAAUUCUGUAAAAUUCUGAGAGAAAGGUGUUUUUUUUUUUUUUUUUUUUUUUUUUUUGCCUGUGUCUGAUUUUUGUAUUUUACUUUAGCCCGACCUGUUUUAGAUAAAUGUUUGUUAGUUCAACUGGGACUGAAACCAGAUUGUAAGUGCCGUUGGUGAUUCACUGCUAUAUGUACAGACAGAGCAAGGGUAUGAUCUCACUUCUUGACCACAACAAAUACAGCUACAUACAGACAGGUUUUUGUUCUGUUUUUUCGAUCUGCUUCAGCUUGUACAUAUUUUUCAAACUUUGUGGAUGUUCAGCAAAGACCAUUUUGUACUCCCCGGCGAUGAAAUGUAAGUCUUCAUUACAGAAAUAUUUCAAUUUUUCAAUUGAUAUUUGGUUUUUGGUAAUUAAUUUAAGUGGCACAUAGAGGCUUGAGGAAACUCCCCAAUUAACUGUUUUUAUAUGAACUGAAUGUAAUUUAGAAAUUGUAUAAUGAAGCUAUUUUUGUCUUGCCCCUCUUUUUAUGUAUAACUGUGUCGGCCAUAAAGGACUUACUUGCAUAUCUGUCUUAGUCAGGUUUGAAGGUUAAUUUACAGAGACAAUAAUCAU